AAACCAGUUCCACCGGAACCGUGGGAUGGUGUGCGCGAAUGCAUCAAACACCCGUGUCGUGCGCCUCAGCAUGAUUUACUGGUUGAAAAGUUCCUCGUACGAGUUCCAAUCAGCGAAGAUUGCUUGUAUGUGAAUGUGUUUGCGCCCGAUUGGGAUUACUCACCAAAUGAUCAGGAGUUCCCUUCUGAUUUGCAAGAUUGA